GAAACAUCCUAUACAGAAAGGAAACCACCCAACCAGUGGAUUGAUUUAUCUGUCAUCAUCAGCUGAUCUACUUGACAGCGUUUUGUUUACGGUUCCAUCCCAUCAAUUAUCAUUUGAAUUUAUCUGCGAUCGUAUCUAGAAAGGGUAAAUGUUGAGGAAUGCCAAGUUCCUUACUGUUCUCAAUUAAUAACGAAGGGCGAGUUCACACGCUUUCCACAUCUGGUUCACUCUGGAGGGAAUUGCCUUAUGUAGGUCAAGAAUUUAAGAAACUCUCCGCCGUACCCCACUUUUUAUGGGCUCUGGGAGGUGACCAUCAAGUCUACGUUUACGUGCACGGUUUGGACAUUCCAAUAAGGGUUCGCGAGGAAUCAUACGAGAAUGAGCGCUGGAUACCAAUUGAAGGAUUUACCUCACGUUUACUACCAACCGACCGAUACCAUUAUUCUUCUGCCGAUGGAACUGUGGACCGUUCGACCGACAAGAUUAGACUACCAUCUAUGGCAUGGCAAUGGGAGGGUGAUUGGCAGUUGGAACUCACAUUAAUGGGACAACCCUUAGACCAUAAUGGAUGGACUUACGCUGUUGACUUUCCUUCCCAAUAUUACCCAAAGAAGCAAUGGUCAAGCUGUGUCAGACGGCGAUUAUGGGUUAGAUCUCGUAGAUACAGUGCCAUGAACUCGUGGUGUGCCAUUGCUCCGUUGCAUAAAGAUGCGACCACUGAGCCCUUUAUCGAUAUAUCGGUUGGAGGAAAUAAUGUAGUCGGUGCGGAUCCCGGUACUAUGCUUGUUUGGGCGGUCACCUCACAUAAUAGAGUCAUGUUUCGCACUGGCGUCUCCGCGAAAUCACCCGAAGGUGCUAAGUGGAAUUCUAUUCUGGUCCCUCCCGGCUGUGAAAUAAAUCAGAUUAGCGUGGGAGCUACCGGUUUAGUUUGGGCUUCGCUCCUAGAUGGUAGAGCUCUUGUUCGUAUAGGUGUGACCAGAGAUUCGUUGCCCGGCGAGUCUUGGGUCGAAAUAAGAGGUCCCGUGGAGAGAUCACGUAUAUUACAUAUUUCCGUAGGUACCUGCGCCGUGUGGGCGGUUACUCAAGAUAAGCAGGUAUGGUUCAGAAAAGGGGUUAAGGGCGAGGGCGCGGGGGUAAGCGAGGAAUUGGCCGCCGGAAGUGGAUGGGUGGAAAUGGUGGGACGCAUGUCCAUGGUCUCUGUUGCGGCGAAUGAUCAAGUGUGGGGGGUGGGCGCCGAUGAUCGGGUGAUAUAUUUUCGAGCCGGAGUAACUUUGGCGGAUCUCACUGGAAAACGUUGGAGAGCGUUGCAUGCUCCUCAGCAAGUUAGUAGAGCCAGUAGUAAUGCAAGUCUUAAUCGGGAUAAGUUUCAUCGUAGCUGUAAUUCGCUUAAUCAAAGACCGCACAGUAUUAGCGAAACAACGGCUGGCAUAGCGGAAUGGGAAGAACAAUCUCAUUCGGCGCCCACUGCUCCAACCUCUUUACCAGUGGGAGAGGUGACGGGGAAACAUUUCGAAACUCAAUUAAAAAAUCCCAAAGCGUGGAGUCCGGUACGGUCGGUCGGUUCGGUUGUCGGUACCGAGGCUCACCCAGAGACUGACGAUAGCAUAUGGCAGGCGGACGAUUUCGGAAACUCGAGUAUUUUUUACACCGAAGACGAGGAGUUGUGUUGGGCCGAGUUGGAAACCUCGUGGGGUUGGGUGGAGGCCGGCGCGUGUAUGCUGGACCCCUCUCAGUUACCGAAUUGGUUUAUUGAGGCAAAUACGUUACAUCAAGCCGAAUUGGAACAACCUUGGCGGUUACAGAUAUUAGACAAUCUAAAGAAGCGAGUGCCGGCUGUAGAAAUGUACGCGCAUUACCCGACUGCUGUGGAUACCACGUCAUGGAUGCAAUCAAGCGAGGCGCGCGUCUGCUUAAAUCCCGCUAAUUCAGGCAGCGUUUUUAUCGAAUGUAUUCUACAGCUGGAAUGGGUACAUACAAAUGGAGUUGUAACAAUCUUAAAUCUCGAAGGAGCUGCUACAAUGCAUCAAUUUAGUGUAACCGAUAUAACGUGUGUGCAAUGCUGCAGUGAGUUGGGUUGUCCGAGAUUAGCAGUGCAUACACCUCAUCUCCCACCGUAUUGCAUUAAAUUUCAAUUUUCGAGUGAUUCUCAGCUUGAGGAGUGGCAAACUCAUCUGAUUUUUGUUUGUGGACAAGUUCACUCGAUUGCAGGUAAACCACCUGAACAAAGUCUUUGGGCGGUUACAACAUUAGGCGAUAUUUUUGUAAGUGAUACAGUAGCUUUAGAAUCCUCUCAGCUACAAGAUAAUAGUUAUGUGCAAGAAAUAGACUUAGCGGGAAAAGAGGUCCCGGUAUCGAUACCCAUACAUUCCGGUUGUGUUCCUGGUACAGAACUGCUACUAACAGGCUGUGUUGCCGACGACGUGGAUCGGGUCGGCAUAAACUUAGACUUACACAUAACUUACAAAUUGCGUCACAAGGCGUAUACAGAACUGGAAAACACCGCGCUACAUUUUAAUCCGCGAUUUACUGACGAUAUAAUAGUGAGAAACUCGAUGAUCGAAGGAAAGUGGGGGGAAGAAGAACGCGAUGGGAAUUUGCCGAUAAAAAGCGGACAGGAGUUCAGCUUGAAGAUAAUUAGUGGGACUGAGGAGUACAUAAUUGAUAUUAAUGGGACGAGGUACUGCACAUACAAGCACCGCCUGCCGCCCCAUUCCGUGAUUACAGCACUAAUCUGGGGUAAAAUACGACCGUUCAAGUUCGUUGUAAAAAAUCCACAACCGAUUAUCAAUCCGCGCGAUUUAUUCUGGAGACAACUAGGUGGUCACCUGAGAAGGGUCGAGAGUUGUGUUUCAGGAGUCACAUGGGGUAUCGGUUACGAUCACACCGGCUGGGUUUAUAACUACGGAUGGGGCGGUUCUUUUAUAGGAAGCUUAGAUAGUCACAAUAUUAAUUCGAUGACUGAUUCACAAGAUUACCGUUUGUACGAGAAUCAGAGGUGGAAUCCGGUCUCUGGUUAUACGUCAACGGGACUGCCAACUGAUAGACAUAUGUGGAGUGACGCGACAGGAAAACAAAAACGCACAAGAGAUCAAGUAAAGUUACCGUCGAUGCAUUGGCAAUGGGUCUCAGAUUGGCUAGUCGAUUUCCAUGUACCUGGUGGUGUUGAUCGUGAAGGAUGGCAGUAUGCGAUGGAUUUUCCGUCAACAUAUCAUGCUAUAAAACAUUUCACAGAUUAUGUGCGGCGGCGUAGGUGGUAUCGUCGGUGUGCCAUUGCUACCACGGGCCCAUGGCAAGAACUGGGCCAUACAAAGCUACUCGAGGUGUCGCUCGAAACUGUAAGCGAUACUGUAGACGGUGUUGUAUCCGUCUGGGGAUUGGCUAUGGGUGGGCAAGCAAUGGUUCGCCUUGGCGUUACUCCAUCAAGUCCCAUGGGUACGGUUUGGGAGCAUGUCGGUUCUGACCAAGCACUUAGCAGUAUUAGUAGUGGACCGUAUAACCAAGUCUGGGUUAUAGGGAAAAAUGGCUGUGCUUAUUGGCGGGUUGGUAUAACCAAAGAUAAAUUGGAGGGGGAUUCUUGGGCUAGUGUCGAACCGCCGGCGGGUGUGCAACUGAAACAAGUGUCCGUUGGAAAAGUUGGCGUUUGGGUUUUGGAUAAAUUGGGAAAACUGUACAUCCGCAAAGAGGUUACACCUGUAUUUCCCGAAGGAACUCAUUGGCAGUGCAUUACCGCCGACCCGCCCAUUCUGAGUUCGGCUCCUAAUACUACGGGAUUUAAACAAGUCAGCGCCGGGAAUCGAGAAGUGUGGGCUGUAACUGAUGGUGGUGUUGCUUUAAAAAGGCACGGUAUUUGUCUGGAAAAUCCAGCUGGAACUGGUUGGAAUGUUGGAAUUUCUGGCAAUUGGCAACACAUUUGUGUUAAAGCUUUGUGAAUGACUGAUGAGGUCUCUUCGUAUUACUACCAAAGCAGCUGAUUUUAUCUAGUUUACAUUUUAAUUAUGCAUUUUAAACUGUGAAUGUGAUCCUAGCUAGUGCUUUUAUUGGCAAUUUUUAUAUGUUAAGAUUUAAGAAUAAAGUAUUUACAACAUA